AUGUCCUGGCGAGCGUGGAGCAAGGGAGAGGACGAGAGCGCGCGUGCCGCGGCGCUCGCCACGUUUCUGGAGGACGACCAAGGUACAUUGGAGGAAAAAAAGGUUUUGGCGCUGAGUGUGAAGGAUGCGCUCGUGCAAGAGAUGGUCGACAUUGAGCUGCGCACCAAGCUCGUGCGCGUCGCCCACAAGCUGAGCCAGGACAAGGUGCAGAGCGAGCCGCUGCAGAACGGUGCGCUGAUACACAAGGUUGCUGCAUUUGCAGGGGAGGAACCGUUUGGUACGGACCUGGAGCUGCAAGACUACGCGCUGCGCAUGGUGCACAACCUGUUUGUGAUGAAUAGGGACUUGGUCACCUUGGCCGACGAGGAUCUCAUGGACCUCUUGCUGCCGAUCCUCGACGACAAUGGGCUGAUCGAGAAAGGGUACGGCGGAGACCCUCCCAGCUUUGCGCUGCGCUGCGUGCUGGCGACCUCCACGGUGUGCCUCUCGCAGCCGUGGUACCGCAUCGCGGCCAAGGCGAAGCAGCAGCGCGUGAUGGACGUAGUCACGGCGCUGGUGGGCAAACUGGUUCCUACGCGCGAUGCGCCAAUGGAUUCGUGGGAGCCGCCACUGGAGUCAUCGGUUGUGCUCACGCUCGCGCUGCACAGCAUUCCAGAGGACAUGGAAGGAUCCCAGCAGCUGUACAUCUAUGCCGAGUCGGCGUUCCUCGCGUGCAAGACGUCGCCGACGACGCUGCUGAGCAGCGGUGUGACGGGUCCCGCGAGCCUUCUCACGUUCUGCCGCGUGCCGUCCGGCGCGUACUUUGCGCGGAUGAUCGAGAUGGCCAAGAAGGUCUCGUCGCUGCUCAAGCAGUCCACAGAGCGCUACAUUGAUGCAGAGACCAGGGGACCUACGAAGCUCGCCAAGGAGGAGGACGUUAAUGUCGAGUCAAACCAGGCGCCGCUUUGGGCGCUUGCGCUCAAGUUCGCCGAGAUCGACAGCUCGACCCUGCGCGAGGAGAUGACGCCGUACUUUUUCAAGCACGGUGCGGACGACGCGCCGGAGGACGCGCCCGGGGCCUUGACGCUUCCGCAGUGGCGCGUGCUGAUGAGUUCCGAGGUGUUCUUCAUGCUGUCGUAUGUUGUCGGCCAGGUCUUUUUCCAUCUGGGCAAAGGAAGCGUGAAACUGCUGCUCCGCCGCUUUGGCUUUGAGCUGUGUGCGGGUGUGCUCUCGGCGAUUGGCGCAGAACGUCUCGCCCAGCACGAGAGCGAGAUUUCAAAGCGUCUCGACGAACCAGACGAGAUCUACGACCGGGUCCCGCUCGUCGAAGACGACAUCUCUGUUGAGCAGUUCUACAAGAUGGUCGAGAUCUUUGGCGGUCCGGGCGGGAUCACGAUGAAGAACCCAGUCGAACAGGCGGCCGAAGAGGGCAAACUCGAAGAGGUCGAGCAGAAAAUGCGCGACAUGGAGCUCAAAAAGAUCCAGGAAGAGGACGAGGAGGACCAGCGCGCUGUCGAGGAGUGGGCCCAGCUCAAAAUGAAACGCACCGCGCCAAAGCGCGACGCGCCGUGCGACAGCGCCGCGCGCAUGGGGCGCGCGUGGGGCGCCGCAUCGGUCCUAGGCCUUGCCGAGGCCGUCUUGUCGCACGCGUCGCUUGUACGCGAGGCAAAUGUGCUGUGCACGCGCCUCGGCGCGGAUGCCAACUUUCAGCUCGCGGUCCAGCGCCCGUUUCCGUGCGGCUUGGCUCGCUCUGUGCACGACAGCGCCGCGGGGAUGGCGGCCAGUGAGCUCGAUCCUGGUACGCAUGGGCACGUCGUGCCAGUGGCAGUCGUGCGCGUCGUCGAUCGCCGCACGUCGGCAAUCCACUACUGGGACCUCGCAACGCUCGCCGAGCAGGUCAAGGUCUUGCACCGCAUCCAUUCGAGCCUGCACAACCCUGGCGUCGCGCAGCACACGGAUGUCUAUACCCAGCUCUUUCGCGGCGCAUCGCAUGGGUUUGCGCAUCUUGGCACGGCACGCAUCCCGACAUUUCCCCUGGCCGAGCAGUCGCACGGGACAUGGCGCGUUCCCAUUCACUCGACACACCUCGGCACGCUGGGGCACUGCCGCGUAAGCGUGAUGUAUGUGUGCACGACAAAAGACGGCGUCGUAGGCCGCAUUUCGGUCGACGAGCUCGAUGGGCUGACCGAGAGAGAAGCCAGCGAAGUGCACCUGCAAAUGCACCUCGACUCGUUCGGCACUUGCGGUGAGAGCGCAGACGUGUACGCUACACGCCCUGUCUAUCUCCAGGCGCAGUCCUGUGCGGCGGUCAAGCUGCAGCGCACGAUCACACUGCCGCAUCGCGCGCUGCACAAUGCCGGCGCCGUGCACGUCCUUGCCCGGCCCACGCUACACCUGCUCGACGAUUGGCAGGAGAGGGACGCCGAGAAGGAAGAGGAAAUGCACCGCGGCGCGGAUCUCGUUGCCGCACUGGGUGCCGCGCCGCCGUCGACACAAGGCCGCCUGCACGAACGCAAGCGGCGCUACGUAUCGUCGCAUGGCGUACGUGCCGAGGUCCACAUGCUAGAACUGGACUCGUGCGGCAAGCCGCGUGUCGCACCGCGCACGUCAACCAAUCCGCCGCACUUUGUGGUCGAUGCCUCGGGCGUGCAGUGCCUCGCCAUUGCGCUGCACCACGAUUCGGGCGCGCAGCUGCCUUGGACAGGCAUUCGUCGCGUCGCACUCGGCGACGUACGCUGCAUCGAUGCGACGGGGGCUGUGUAUGCAACAGAUGAGUCGUACUGUACUCUCCAGCGCUCCUCCGGCAGCACCGGUGCGGCACUGUCGGUCGAGGCACUUUGGCGCCCAGAGCACGAGCUCCUACAGAGCCCUACGCCGCCGGCACACCACAUUCGCGCAACGCUACGUGUAGACGUCGACGUGGAAAACAGCACACCGCUUCCUCUGUCUAUUCCUUUGUACGUCCGUGUACACGCUUCCGGGCGUCUGCAGCGUACGGCGGACUGCGACGUGACAUGGAACUGCGCGGCACGCCCUUCCGACGCGGCGCAUCACGCCUUUUUCUGUGCCUCGCUCUCCCCUGCACCGAUACAGCGGCCGCAGGAGCUGUGGCGCGUAGAUACGCGGAGUGCGCCUGUGCCAGGCCAAGCGGCACUUAAGCAGUGGGCGCCCCGUGGCCUGUCACUGGUCGCCGACUAUGUGAACACAAUGCGCCGCGACGCUUUUGCUAUCCGUGUGUGCCAUACGCGCUCUACGCUGCAAGAUUUUUUCCAUGCACGAAACCACGCAUCGCUCAAGGCCGUGGUUCUGGCAUGGCAGGCCGCCGCCGAUCCCUUUCAUUGGCUCCGAGCGCACUGGACGCCGUCACUCACCCGUGCGCAGUCCACUCUGUACUCUUCCGACGUGCACCUUGUCGAACUGCAUCAGGAUGCGCACAGCCAAGACUGGCUCGAUGCUUGGUUCGAACUACGGCCCCCAUUCCUCCUCGCACGCCCCAGCCAGAAAAGCGAAGGCAUCCUUCUUUCCAUCUACCUGCACGGCGUCCACGUCCACCCUGCCGCGCUGGACUCGCCCCACACCCUCGGCCUGUACACCGCGACCAACGCUUACCUGCUCCGUGCGCCGUCCUCCACCCUUGCGGAGCAGUGGAGCCCGGCCGUCGACGAAGAGGCACCCGUGCGGAGAAAGCGCGAGGAUAGCGACGAGGAGCUCUUUUUUACGCCCAAGUCCGUCCGUGAAUCCGCCGAGCCGUUCCGCAGCGGUGCACGUCUGGCGGAGCGUGCAUCGCCACGCAAGUCGGCGCUGCCCAAAUUCCACUCGGAGGAAGAAAUGGAGCAGGAGCGGCACGCUGCACAUACGAUGCGGACUACGGCGCCGUACCAGUUUGACAGUGCGCUGCCGCUGCCGAACCAUGCCCAGUUCCUGCUGGAUUUGCAUGUGGCCGUCGAGCAGAGUGUCUUGGUGCAUAUGGCGACGAGCGGUGCCCCGGCGUCGGAAUGGCACGACCUCGAGACGGGCCGCCUGUUGCGCAUCCCAAACGUGAUUACUUAUACGACGCUGCGCCCGAUGGUCGAGCGCACUGUGCGGCGGUCGUUUACGCUCACCGACUUUAAGCGCGUCGUGUGGAUUUGGUCGCAUGCGCCUGGCGCUGCGUUCACGGUGCCGGCUUCGCCCGCAUCGACGGCUGCACCGGACGACGUGGGAGGCAUGGGCUUUGUUGUAUCGCGUGUGCGCACGAUGGAUGCACGCACUCGCCGCCGCACCUACGACUAUGGCCUCGGGAUCGAAAUGCGCUUUGGCGAAAAGAUUUCUAUUGCGCCGCCGGUCACCUUUGGGUCGCCGGACAACAAUGCGAGUCCGACGCUGCGUCGCGCGCCGCCGUCGCCGCGCAAGCUGCCGCCGUCGCCGCGCUCGCCAAGCGCUCGAGAAGAAAUGAGCAACUUGGCGGUGUGGAACAAUGGUGUCGACGAACGCCGCACCGAGUUCCAUCGCCGGCUCUGCCACAUGGUCGCCAAGGCCCACGACCAGUUCCUCGCACAUCUGGACGACGAUAUACCCACGCAUUCCAAGUCGCCUAGCACGCCAAAAAUGUCGGUCGGUUACCGGUCCGCACCCGGCGGUAUCCUGACGCCCUCUGCAACACGCUCGGGCGGCACGCACGCACAGCGCAUCCGCCACGAUGGCCCCCCAUCCUCGCCGCCGAGCAGCCCGCUUGCCGGCCGCGGAAACCAUGUCGACGUGCCGCAGACACCACCCCGCACCGCACGCCGCAAAGUGCCGACGCUCUACGACUGGCACGCCGACUUUGACCUGGAGUCGACUGAGCCGAUUCCCCAGGCCAAGCUGCCCACGCUGAACGUCGCGCCGCCGGUAGCGCCGAUCCGGCCACGCGAGCCGCCAGCGCCGGCCGUGCCGACAACGACCGGCAUGAGUCUCGAAGAGCGGAUCAGGGCCAAGGAGCAGGCGAUGCGCGACGCACGCCAGAAACCGGGGGGCCAGGCAGCGGCGCCGACGCUGCACGAACGUGCGCUGCUCUCCCGCCUGGGCGAGAUUGCCGACGCGAUUUUCCUUCUCUAUGCCUCUUCCAACGCGCCUGCACAGUCGCGCCAAGGGCGCACGUCGCGUGUCCUUCCCCUCCACGACGUCCUCUCGUCCCUGGAAAAGUCGGCCAAGGUGGUCAUGAGCCGUGCGGAAAGCGAUGCGUCAGUGUCAAUGCUCAUGAACAUUGCGCCUGGCUGGCUCGAGCGAGCAGAAAUCGGUGGGCAGACAUGGCUGCGUCUCCGCAACGAUCCACAGUCUUUUGGGCUGCGCCAUGUGCGCGAACACAUUGCGCAAGCCAAGCGCCAAGCACGGUGCGAUGUAGUCUAG